AUGCAACCUUCCAGCUUCCUCCUCGCGUCGUUCCUUGUGGUGCUGUCCGUGACAUCUGGCACGUCAGCCCAAGCCUGUUCUGCCCAGGGCAAAAACGUCACCGCGACGGGGUUCGUCAUGGACAACUACUGCAUCGAUUUGGGGAAGCUUAUGGACAACCCGACCGUAAAGACACUCGAGGGCCCCGAAGUGCACUCGAUUCACUGCCUCGUGGACCUCAAGCCGUGUGUGGACUCGUUGUACACGUUGCUGGCGCCUCCCGAGAACGGCUCCAAGCUGUACACGGGGCAAUACUUCAAUUGA